UCGCCUGAUCAGCUGACCGAACAGAUCGGUUUGUCGMUGAAACGACAGAACUAAACAGCUCAAAACACAGAAAUUUUUUUCUAUUUGCUGCGGGAGAGACCGCUUGUCUGAAAGGCUUGGGCCACCCGGACAUGUCUCAGUAGGACUUUGUUUAUCGACGUGCCUGCAUAAUGUCCGGGAACAACCUGGUCCUGCCCAUCGUGCUGUGGGGCCGGACGGCUCCCACCCACUGCAUCAGCAGCCUCCUGGUGAUGGACGACUUCAACACCAUCGUCACCGGCUGCCAUGAUGGACAGAUCUGUCUCUGGGACAUGACUCCUGAGCUGAAGAUUUGUCCCAGGGCGAUGCUGUUCGGUCACACAGCCUCCAUCACCUGUCUGUCUAAAGCCAGCUCCUCUGGGGACAAACAGUACAUCGUCAGCGCUUCAGAGAGCGGAGAGAUGUGUUUGUGGGAUGUAAACGACGGGCGAUGCAUCGAGUUCACCAAACUGGCGUGCGCCCACACGGGGAUCCAGUUCUAUCAGUUCACCAURGGCACUCAGAAGGAGGGACGCCUGCUCUGUAACGGUCAUUACCCAGAAAUCCUUGUGGUGGACGCCACCAGCCUGGAGGUCCUGUACUCGCUGGUCUCCAAGAUCGCUCCGGACUGGAUCAGCUCCAUGAGCAUCGUCCGGUCCCACCGCACUCAGGAGGACACGGUGGUGGCGGUGUCAGUGACGGGCAUCCUGAAGGUCUGGAUCAUAACAGCUGAGGUCAGCAGGAUGCAGGACCUGGACCCGGUCUUUGAAGAGGAGUCCAAACCCAUCUACUGUCAGGGCUGUCAGAGCGUUUCCUUCUGCAGCUUCACUCAGAACAGCCUGCUGGUCGUCUGCUCCAAGUACUGGAGGGUGUUCGACGCGGGCGACUACUCGCUGCUCUGCUCGGUGCCCAGCGACAGCGACCAGUCGUGGACCGGAGGAGAGUUCGUCUCAGCCGACAAAGUCAUCAUCUGGACCGAAGACGGCUGCAGCUACAUCUACAAGCUGCCGGCCAGCUGUCUGUCUGCCAGCGAACAUUUCCGCAGCGACGUGGGCAGGACSAAGGAGGGCUCGGUCCCGCCCCUCAUCUACAGGAUCGCAGAUCGAGCCGACAAACAGAAGGAAGUAGAGGGAGGAGGCGAGGAGGAGGAGGAGGAGGAGGUGGUGUGCCUUCCUCCCAGCGGGUACGACUUGGAGCUGUACACCCCUCAGCAGCUUUACCGACACCGGCCUUUAGAGGCUCCUGCUCCGAUAAAAGUUGGGAUGCUCCUGAUCUGUCCUCCRGUGACCCGGUUCUUCUUCGGCCGGCGGGAACCCUUCCACAAGCUGCUGAUCCAGGGGGACUCGGCUGGUCGGCUGUCCCUGUGGAGCGUUCCGGACACCUCGCCYCGACAACCGGCAGGGACAACCGCAGAGCUGCAGGUGACGUCCACUGUCAGRCUCCAGGAGGCCUUCGACCUCCUGAGGCCCGUCUCCUCCGGGAUCAUCGACCAGCUCAGCGUCCUGCCGGGAAAAGAAGAACCCAUCAAGGUGACGGCCAGCGUUUACAUCCCGUCUCAGGGUCGCCUGGUCUGCGGGAGAGAAGACGGCAGCAUCAUCCUGGUUCCCGCCACUCAGACCGCCAUCGUUCAGCUGCUGCAGGGGGAGCACAUGCUGAGGAGGGGCUGGCCCCCCCACAGGACCCUGCGGGGUCACCGCAACAAGGUGACCUGCGUGCUGUACCCGUACCAGGUGUCCCCCCGCUACGACCAGCGCUCGCUGGUGUCCGGAGGAGUGGACUUCUCCGUCAUCGUCUGGGACAUCUUCACCGGAGAGAUGAAGCACAUCUUCUGCGUCCACGGCGGCGAGAUCACGCAGCUCAUCAUCCCACCGGAAAACUGCAGCACCCGGGUGCAGCACUGCGUCUGCUCGGUGGCCAGCGAUCACUCCGUGGGUCUGCUCAGCCUCAGGGAGAGGAAGUGCAUCAUGCUGGCGUCGCGACACCUCUUCCCCAUCCAGGUCAUCAAGUGGCGCCCGGCCGACGACUACCUGGUGGUGGGRUGUUCCGACGGCUCAGUCUACGUCUGGCAGAUGGACACAGGAGCGUUGGAUCGCUGCGUGAUGGGCAUCACGGCCGUGGAGAUCCUGAACGCCUGCGAUGAGCUGGCUCCGGCCGCCGUGGACUCUCUGAGCCACUCCGCCGUCAACCUGAAGCAGGCCAUGACCCGCCGCAGCCUGGCAGCGCUGAAGAACAUGGCCCAGCACAAACUGCAGACCCUCGCCACCAACCUGCUGGCUGCAGACAACGCCGACAAGGUAAACAACAACAACAGGUUGUUUACUCUGUGAAACACUGAGCUGUCU